GCCCAUCCCUGUCCGAGGGAUCCCAUCCAUGCCCAUCCCUGCCUUGCAGCUGGUGGUGAAGCGCCUGGGCUACGACACCCGGGUCACCAUCCUGGGCCACGUCCAGCGCGGUGGGACCCCCUCGGCCUUCGACCGCAUCCUGGGCAGCAGGAUGGGGGUGGAGGCCGUCAUGGCCCUGCUGGAGGCCACCCCCGAGACCCCGGCGUGCGUGGUGAGCCUGUCGGGCAACCAGGCCGUGCGCCUGCCCCUCAUGGAGUGUGUGCAGGUGACCAAGGACGUGACGACGGCCAUGAACGAGGGGCGCUUCGAGGAGGCCGUGAAGCUACGGGGCCGGAGCUUCGAGAACAACUGGAACGUGUACAAGCUGCUGGCCCACAUCCGCCCCCCGCCCACCAAGAGCGGGUACACCGUGGCCGUGCUCAACGUGGGGGCCCCGGCGGCGGGGAUGAACGCGGCCGUGCGCUCCACGGUCCGGAUCGGGCUCAUCCACGGCCACCGAAUGCUCGCCGUGCACGACGGCUUCGAGGGGCUCGCCCUCGGCAUGGUGGAGGAGAUCAGCUGGAACCGGGUCGGGGCCUGGACGGGCCUGGGGGGAUCCAAACUGGGCACCAAGAGGACUUUGCCCAAGAAAUACUUCGAGGAAAUCAGCGCCAACAUCAGCAAGUUUGGGAUCCACGGGCUCAUCAUCAUCGGGGGCUUCGAGGCGUUCACGGGCAGCCUGGAGCUGGUGGAGGGGCGGGCACGGUUCGAGGAGCUCUGCAUCCCCCUCUGCGUCAUCCCGGCCACCGUCUCCAACAACGUGCCCGGAUCUGACUUCAGCAUCGGUGCCGACACCGCGCUCAACACCAUCACCACUGUGAGAACUGCCUCCCUUCCCAUCCCAAAUCACACCAUCACCACU